UGUCUUUCAUCCAGAUUAUGGGAUUCAGCUGCCUCUGAAAACCUGUAGCCCAAUAACGGUUAUUCCUAAGAGCUGGAUGAAGCAUGAGCUAAUUUUCAGUGAGAGUGGACUUUGGGGUAACGGUUCCAACCCAGCGCAUUCCUUUCUCCUCUUUUCACGCAUCAUCACGGCCACCUGAAAACCCUGGCUGGGCGCUGGGGCGUGAGGAGCAGUUCUCACUUCCCAGUCUUUUUCUCUUUUUCACAGCUGCAAAGUUCAGGGAGUUGAACUGCAGUGCUUUCAGUUCACUGCUCACUCUGCCACGAUCAACCUCUGUUGUAAAUUUUCCUCCCAGAGCACGUGACGAUGCACUUCUUGACUAUAUAUCCCAACUGCAGCGGCUGAGUUGUCAGAGCUCAGAGCCGGACAGAGCAGAAGAACCCUCUUGGACUGGACGAUCUGGGAAUUCAAAACUUGGGACAAACUGUCAGCCUUGCCCCUGCUGUGCAGGCAGCCUCAAUGCUGAAGAUGGAGCCUCUGAACAGCACGCACCCCGGCACCGCAGCCUCCAGCAGCCCCCUGGAGUCCCGUGCGCCCGGCGGCGGCAACGGCAACGGCAACGAGUACUUCUACAUUCUGGUUGUCAUGUCCUUCUAUGGCAUUUUCUUGAUCGGAAUCAUGCUGGGCUACAUGAAAUCCAAGAGGCGAGAGAAGAAGUCCAGCCUCCUGCUGCUGUACAAAGACGAGGAGCGGCUCUGGGGGGAGGCCAUGAAGCCGCUGCCCGUGGUGUCAGGCCUGAGGUCGGUGCAGGUGCCCCUGAUGCUGAACAUGCUGCAGGAGAGCGUGGCGCCCGCGCUGUCCUGCACCCUCUGCUCCAUGGAAGGGGACAGCGUGAGCUCCGAGUCCUCCUUCCCGGACGUGCACCUCACUAUUCAGGAGGAGGGGGCAGACGAUGAGCUGGAGGAGACCUCGGAGACGCCCCUCAACGAAAGCAGUGAAGGGUCCUCGGAGAACAUCCAUCAGAAUUCCUAGCACCCCCGGGACCCCUGCCGGAGGCUCCAUCAGCCAGCACCCUUAGAGAGAGGAAAGACAGUUUUCAAGUGUCUGGUUUCACUUUCGCAGUGCGGCUGCCACUUUGAAAAGACCCUCGGCAAGCCCCUAAUUUGGGGUGGGGUGGGGGACUAGGCUCAGCCGGAGCCAGCAGCCCCGAGGAGUCCGGGAGGUGCCUGUGGUUUGCACCCACCACUGAAAAAGCCGCGGAGAUGUGGAGAGUGUACAUUGACUUUGGGGCCUGGGUGUUGGGGUUCUGUUCAGAAUUUGGCAGGAUGAUAUGCUUGCCAUUUUCUCACUGGAUGCCCUGGGUAGCUCCUGCAGGGUCUGCCUCUUCCCAGGGCUGCCAAAUGCUUAGGACAUGCUGAGGGACUAGUUGUGAUUUGCUAUUUGCCUAGAGCUUUGUCCUUCUAGAUCUGAUUGACUGUAAGUAUCUCUACUGUGUACCUGUGGCAUUUCUUCACAGUGGGUUACAAGCUUCUUUUAGAUUAGAGAAGGAUUUUUGGUGGAAGAAGGCUGGAGAUCUGAACCCAGCUCAUUUGCACACUGUAAGAAAAAAAAAAGUAACUUUUAAACCUGUUAACAUUGGCUGGGGUUAUAAGAGAUGAUCUGCUAUUUUGACCUUUUGUCUAACUUAUGACCUUGAACUCUGACCUGUAGCCAUGCAGCAUCACAUGCUGGCAUGAUGUUCUUUGGAUCAGAAGAGCUUCCCCAGAAUCUAACCUGCACUCCGGGUGGUGGUUCAGGGGACUCUUCCUGAUCUUUCUAGAAGGGGUAAGUGGGGUUGAACAAGGCCAAGCCGUUAGCUCUGCUGCUGCUCAGUUUCCCAGCCUAGUUUUCUGAGCUGGGAGAGGACAUAAUGUGGUAUUUCGUCACGUAGCUGAGACCUAGAAGGGCAUACUCAGGCGGAGAUUGCACAAAGCUGGGCUCCAAGUUCUGUGCUUCCUGAUCCCGAGCCUUGACACUCAUUUGCUGUGUGGUCCUGGGCAUGUCAUCAAGAAGCUCGCUGUCUGCAUGAGGUUCCUGACGAUCUCCAUCCCCAGGGGGCUGGGAGGAUGUCUUUAGAUUUUAGGACUCUGUGAUAAGUACUCCACAGCCUGGUGUGAGGAAGCUUGGACCAAAUGCUUCCCCUUUGGCCGGUUAGUCUGAACAAGGAUACGCUGAUUUAAAGGAGCAGUUGGAGAUUCAGAACACAUAUAACUGGGGAAUUCAGGGCAAGCUACCAACCAGCCCUGCUGUAGUUUUCCCAGGAUUGAAGGAAACAGGCAGACACCACAUUCUCCUCUGCAAAGUUCUCUGGAGAAUGUGUGAUGUUAACACUUCCAGCUAAAAGAAAGCAAAGUCUAAAGGAAAACACACAGGAAUGCUUCCAAUGUCUCCAUGUAUUCCUGUGGUCAACAGUUUUGCAGAUCCAUUAGGCCCUUAAAGACAAGGAGGAAGUAAAAGGUCAAAUUUAAUUCUAUUAAAUUUUUUUUUUUUUUUUUAAGACAGAGGCUUGCUCUGUUGCCCAGGCUGGAGUGCAGUGACGCGAUCUUGGCUCACUGCAACCUCCACCUCCUGGGUUCCAGCGAUUCUCCUGCCUCAGCCUCCUGAGUAGCUGGAAUUACAGGUACCUGCCACCACGUCUGGCUAAUUUUUUAUUUUUUAGUAGAGAUGGGGUUUCGCCAUUUUGGCCAGGCUGGUCUCGAACUCCUGGCCUCAAAUGAUCCUCCCACUUCGGUCUACCAAAGUUCUGGGAUUACAAGUGUGAGCCACCGCACCCAGCCACAUUUUUUGUUUGUUUGUUUUUUUUUUAAGAAAAAUACUCUUUAUGAAUUGGAGGCACAGCAAUAACUGCUGUUUCCAUGGAAGGGUUAACAGUGUAGGAGCUGGUUUAUCAGUCCACUUUGACAUACAGCUAAAGGAAAUUUAUGUUUUGGGGGAAAAGGCCCUCCGUUCACUUUAAAAUUCAGUGUGGAUUUACGCCAAAGGGGGCUGUUUAAGUUGAAAGAAGCCAAGUUAAGUUUGGCCUCUUGCCUGGAAUCACUUGAAUUCUGAAAUUUCACUGCGACGGACAUGUGCCUUGUCACAUUUUCCAUUGCUUAAUCCUGAAGUUUGGUGCAAGUCUCUCUGCACCUAUUAAAAAGUGAUGUAUAUACUUCCUUCUUAUUCUAUUGAGUUGUAUAGAAUUGUCUUUUGUAUUUAACACUUUGUAAUUUUCACAAUAUUUUUUAAUUUAAAUAAAUAAACACAUUUUUUCCCUCCUGGGAAGUCAUGAA